AUGGACGGUAUAGACAUUGACGAUUAUUCAAGAGAUCGUUCCAGAUCACCCACCAGGGAGCGCUCGCCUUCUGCAAGAAGAGACUACGAGGCUCCUCGUGGAGACUCUCGAAGCGACAGAGGAGAAAGGAGAGGUAGCGGAAGAGGUGACAGAAGAGAAGAGGUCAGAUUCGACAGAGACAGAAGAGAUGAUAGGAGAGACGACAGAGAUAGAAGAGACGACCGGAGAGGUGGAGGAAGAAGAGACAGAGAUGACAGAAGAGGUGGAUCCUCUAGGAGAGACCGUAGAGACCGCAGGGACCGCGGCGGAUACCGUGACCGUGAUGAUUCUCGCGAGCGUGAUGACAGAAGAGACAUGGACCGCAACUACGACAACUCUAUUUUCGUGGGAAACAUUCCAUUUCGUACAACUACUAGAGAUAUAGAGGAGAUGUUUGGCCGCAAAUUCCCGAUUGUCCGUGCUGAAGUGAUCAGCGUGAGAGGAAAAUCUCGUGGUAUGGCGACCGUGGAGUUCGAGACAAAGCAAGACGUACAAGACGCUAUUGCCAGAUUUGACAGGAGCGAGCUUGAUGGACGUGAGAUUUUUGUCAGACAGGACUACCCUCCUCCAGAAGAUAGAAGAAGAGAUGAGAGGAGAGAAGAUAGAAGAAGAGAGAGCAGAAGGGAGGACAGAAGAAGUGACAGAAGAGACGAGCGUCCACCCAGAGAAAGGAGCGAGAGACUUAGUACCGAGCCUCCUAAGCCUGGAUGUGAGAUUUUCGUGGGCAACUUGCCAUUUAGCACGGGAUGGAAGACUUUGAAAGAUAUGAUGCGCCCUGUUGGUGGUCUUGUCAGAGCUGAUGUUGCUGAAAACAAGUGGGGAAGAUCCAGAGGUUUCGGAACGGUUAUUUUCGAGACUCCAGAGGAUGCUCAGGUUGCUAUUGAGAGACAUGAUGGUGAGAUGCUUGAGGGCAGAAGACUUGAGGUCCGUCUCUCUAAGGAUCCUAGCGAGAGAAGAAAACCAGAAUUCAAAAACACCGAAUUCACUGAAGGUGUCAUCGGUGAUGGUGUGCCUUCGAAUGUUAUCUACGCUGACAAUUUACCUUACAUCACUACCGAAGCAGACUUGCACGAGUUGUUUGAAACCAUUGGUCGCGUCAACAGGGCCGAAAUUCAAUACAACGAUCGGGGUAGACCGAACGGGACUGCGGUUGUGGAGUUUGAACUGCAGGAUUUCGCAGAAGUUGCCAUCAGUAACUUGAAUGGAUACAACUAUGGUGGCAGGGACUUGAAGAUCUCGUACGCCCGGAGAGUUGAGUCUUUCGAAGCCCCUAGACAAGCUGAACUGAAUGAUCAGUAUUCGGUAGAGCCUGUUGAGCAGCAGCCAACUGAAAUUCCUCAACAAUACCCGGCUGAAGAAGCUGCGGAUGAUAUUGCCAUUGACGAAGAUAUUCAGGACGCCCCAGAGCAGUUGUAGAGGUCACAGCAAUGAAAAAAGUGAAGAGGUAAGAAAUUUUGUGUAAGUCCGUCUCUUUGAAUCAACAAAAACAUUAAACUUACUCUAUACGCGUAGGAAUACUGGGAUGAGAGGCUGUUAAACGGUGCUUUACAGUUAGUUUGAUAAAGAUUUAUGCACAAUAUUUCGCGUU